AUGAAGGAAUAUGCAGAAAUGAAGCGGCAGCUCAAUCCGAAAAAUGUGACAGGUCCGAUUACGGACAGUGACGCUAUUGCGCGUAACUAUAACUUUAUAAUGGAAUCCGACGCAUCAAAAGCACAAAAGAAUAGCUGGGAGCAGCGACUCGCUAUCCGUUAUUACAAUCGAUUAUACAAGGAGUAUGCGCUUGUCGACCUCACCUAUUACGAGAUCAACAAGAUCGGCAUGCGUUGGCGAACAGAACGCGAAGUCAUCGAUGGAAAGGGUCAAUUUUCGUGUGGCAACCUCCACUGUGACAAUACCAACACGCACGAAUUAUGUUCUUAUGAAGUUCCGUUUCGCUACAAGGAUUUGGAGGGAAAAGUUGUUUCGACGCUCGUGAAAGUCCGGCUCUGCGGCCCGUGCGCGUAUUCUAAUGAGAGGCAAGUUACAAUUAGAUUGAAGCUUUUCCACAGAAAAAUCCGGGAGACAGAAUCGGAGCAUCCUGAAUUGCGGAAGAAACGCAAAGCUUGUGAGACUUCGCAGGACGUUUUUGAUUAUAUUACAUCGAUUCUAAAGGAGGAAGGACAAGUAGAAGCGAGUUCCGCAACGCCACUUGCUCCUUCCAAGGACAUUGUACAGAAUGCGUCUAGAGAGAUUUUGGUUUCCCAAACAUCGGUGAAGCGAGAUGAAAAUCCGAUCAAGGAGACGCAGAAGAAGCAGAAGAAGCAGAAGAAGCAGAAGAAACCAAAAACUGUCAAUGGACAUGUUCACUACAGUUCAAGCUCAGAUUCAAGUUCGGAAAGCGAUUCAGAAUCCGAUUCUGCCGAAGCUAGUGCAAAUAGAAUGGGAAAUGAGCAGAAGAAGGAGAUUGAUGCCGACGGAAAUGAGGUGAUAUCCACGUCCAACGACGUCUGGAAGACAAGUGUGGAAGUGGAGCACACAGAGAACGAGAAUAUGGACGAUUUCAUCAAUCAGUUGUUUUUAUAA